AGAAAAGAAAAUGAUCAAAGAGAAUCUACUGAUUUGUUUGUAUUUUCUAAGCAUGUAACAAAAUGAUAUUUAUUGGAGGAAAUCUAAUUAAGGUUUGGAUAAUAUAGUGAAUUUUUUAUACUUUAUCUGUGAUCUAAAUUAUUUCUUAACCAUUAGCUUUUUUUUUUCUUUUCUUUUCAUAUUAGGGAAGAAAUAGGCACAUGGAUUCACAACCAGAGGUACUGGGUGCGCAGGUGCUUGGGAGUACAGAUUCAAGCAACACCAAAGCUUCUUCUUCAUCUAGAAAGAGAGGCAUUACUAGGGGGGUCUCUUUACUUGUGCAACCUGAUAGGAAAAAAGUCUUAAAGAUGAAUGAAUUCGGGCAACCGAAUGAGGACUGUUCUAAUCAUAGAGACUUUGCAUCGCAUGUCGGUGUCCUCACCCGUUCUCAUAUCCUGAUCAUAUACCUAGACUUUCGCCAGGUGGCUCAUGAACAAAUUCAUAUGGUCACAAAAAGAUUGUCACAGUUUUAUGAGUUUGAGGGUCAAAGUUGGGAUGCAAGUCUUGAUUACAUUACAAAACGCAUCAAUGAAGCAUGGAGGAAUUAUAAGAGAAGAUUGACUGCAAAAUAUAUUAAAAACAAAGAUCCUAUUACUAUGAGAGAUGGUCCUGCCCCCCAGGUAUCCCUAUGGAGGAUUGGAGGGUCUUUGUGGAUCAACGUACCACCGAGGAAUUCAAGAGGGCAAGCGCAAGGAAUAAAGUUAAUUGGGCCAAGCUAAAAGGACUUGCGUGUCUUGGGAGGCACAACAUGGCUG